AUGGUGGGCUAUUAUUUGAACGCCUCCGGCGCCGGUAAACGAGUGAUAGAGGUCCUCCACUGCCUGGGAAUCUCUGUCACUUAUGAGGCUGUAAACCACGCACUGCGUGCUAACGCCUCUGCCCUGCGUGAUAUGCUACGCAUCAAGGCUGCUGCCCACCCGUUCUUUGUUUCCUUCGACAACAUGGUUUUCUACCAAAGGGUAAAGACUCAUACUACUGGUAAUCGUCAAUAUCAACAACACUACACUGCGGGGUAUAAUGCAUUCCUGCAGGGCACCCCGCGCGCUGGGUUCCUCCCUCGCGCUGAAAUGCUCAACUGUGAUAGUGCCCGAUUGAUAUCUGCGCGCGACGUAAUGGUGGACUCAACAACCUUCCAAUACACGCGCGACGCCGCGAAGGCCAACAUAUGGAAUAUACUCCACAAACAUGCGCAUGGUGCUAUAGAGCUCAAUAUGCAGCGCAGAGGAAAAGAUGGCACUAUCAUCAAGCCAGGUUACGAACCAUUCAUUGCCCCCGCACUGUUUCCAUUGCCCUUGAAAAAAUCUGACCUUCACACAAUGCCCACCUUCCAUAAGAAUGAGGCCAUAAUCAGCGAGGUUAUCGACAUCAUAAAAUCAAUUCUACAGGAGCUUGAUAUCACCGCCCACCAGCUUAUGGACAAACUGAUCCUCUUCAAGGGCGAUUAUAUAACCGUGAGAAAUAUACUGAAGGCUGUUUUUCGCAGGCAGGAAGAUCAACCUGCGCACCAAAUGGAAUACGUGGAGCCCGUAAUUGGUCUCUUUCAUCUGCAAAUGUGUAUGCUGGGCACUAUAUUUAAGGCGCACUGGGGGAAUGAUGGUCGAGAGCCCACUAGUAUCCUCCGGUUUGUUAAAUUACUUCGAAAGCCCGCGAUAAACACACCUAAACCCAAGGAUUUCCGCGCAUACGAUCAAUUCUUUCAACAAAUACUUGAAGCGCAUAUAAUAUCUCUUGCUGCCGAAACUCUCAACGCCGACACCGUCGAGUUGUUCAAUCACCGCCUCCGCGCAGCCAACUGGCGUCUUGUAAUAGAGGAUAUGGUUGAUGCUAUAUUCCCAGUAUGCGGGGGACUAUCCGUCGUCAAGCGCAGGCGUUUCUGUGAGUGCGGCAUUCCUGUUCCGCACCAAUCCAGAGAUAUUCUAUAUGAAAAUGCGAUUUUACUACUGCAGCAAGGAUUGGUGUACGCUGACUACGGUGCGGCGGUAUGCGCGGGGGAUCCCGGGCACCUGGAGCACAUCAUUCGCCUCUGGACCACGCAAUUACAUGGUACCCAAAAUAUCAAUUACCCGCGCGAGGUGAUUCAUUUGAUUGCUUGCAUGGAGAAAAUAUGGUCCCCAGAGAUGAGAAAUAUAUGGCGCCACAACUGCCUGGUUAAUCCCUCUGGGCGCAGGGGGGCAUGGGUGCCCGACGACCUAUUUGGUGAGUAUGUUGUGCGUGAGAUCAAGGCUAGGAUCCACCCAAGCAGCAAUAUUCACUCGGACCAACACCUUAGAGAAACAAUAUCUCGCCAAGUGAUAUCGCUACACGCCAGUAAGGUUUCUAUGGAGCGAGAAUCGCGUGCGCACAGCUAUGGGACGCACUCAUCCUUGAUACGCAGCUCAACUGAUGUGGCGAAUAUUGUGCGCGUACUCCUCGAUGAAGCCAUAUGCAGAGACUCGAUCCCCCGCGCGCUGGAUAGUGUGAAGGAACAACCGCACUGGGAGGCAACAGAUUUGAUGGGCGCGGGAAUAGCGCGCCUCGCAACUGGGGUGCCACUGCGCGAAUAUAUGCAGCGUGCACGAUUCAGCUGGCACCCUGGAAAGUCCUCAUCAAACACGUCAUCGCUGGAUCUCGAAACCGAAGAAGAUUUUGAUACUGAUAUAGUUGGCCCAGAAGCCGGGCUAGACGAUCUCCUCUGA